AUGACGCGUGCCGGCAAGGUGCCGGCGUUCAUCCGGUUCAACGAGCGGCUGAUCGCGUGGAGCUACCGGCGGCACGGGCUGCACCGCAUGGCCGUGCAGGUCGACGCGCACACGCGCAUCGCCUGCUGGGCGCCGCGCCGCCUCCGACCGCUCGCGAAAUCCGGCUUCUUCGACGACCCUUCCGGGAAACCUCCCCCCACCAACGAAAAGGAUUCAAAGUCAAAAUCAAUCUUAAAGCCAGCGGCGCUACUGUUGCACGGGUUCGGCGGGUCGGGCAUCUGGCAGUGGGUGCAGCAGGUGCCGGCGCUAUCCCGCCACUUCGACCUGUACAUACCCGACCUCGUGUUCUUUGGCGACUCGAGCAGCAGCAGCGAGGAGCGGUCCGACGUGUUUCAGGCGGAGAGCAUGGUGAAGCUGAUGGACCGACUGGGGGUGGCGGCUUGCCAUGUUAUCGGGCUGAGUUACGGCGGGAUCGUGGCGUACAGAAUGGCGGCACUGCAUCCGGAGCGCGUGUCACGGCUGGUGCUGGUGGGGUCGGGCGUGAUGGCCACGCGGGAGGACUAUGAUGACAUGCUCAAGCGAUGGCAGGUGGAGCAUCCAUCGGAGGUGUUUCUCCCCUGCGACCCCCCAGCAGUGCAGCGCCUGCUGUCCCUCGCGCACUACCAUCCGCCCAAGCUGCCUCUCUGGCUGCUCAAAGCCCUCUCACACCUACUACAGGAGAACAAGGAGGUGAAGCAGCAGAUGCUGGACUCGCUGCUGCAGCAGCUUGACAACCCGCCCGACCCUUUCCCCACGCCCCCCAUGGAGUCACUGCUGGUAUGGGGCGAUGAGGACGGGGUCUUUCCCAGCUCCAUCGCACACAGAAUGCACAGGCACUUUGGCGACAGGUGCAAGCUGGUGGUGGUGGACAAGGCAGGCCACGCCCUCAACGCACACCGCCCCAAGGAGUUCAACCGUGCCGUCCUCGCCUUCCUCCUCCCUCCGCCAUGA